GACCGGGCCGUACACUCGGCAGCGGAGCGCGUAGAAAGCUGUAACGCACUGCGGAAAACCUUCAGCUCUAGCAGCAGCACUUCCAUCUAUUUACUUUCGGAUUUCUCCUCAACAACAUCCCAAAAACUUCUAAGCGACAGAAAAAAAUGCCUUUCCAUCCCACAAUGGAGCAGUCCAGGUGCCCGAAGUGCGCCAAAGUGGUUUACCACGCCGAGGAGAUUCUCGCUGGCGGCCAAAAAUGGCAUAAAAUCUGCUUCUAUUGCGGCCUCUGCCUGAAGCGACUCGACUCGACCUGUUCCACUGAGCACGAAGGAGAAGUUUACUGCAGGCAAUGUUACGGACGAAAAUUUGGUCCUAAAGGAGUCGGUUUCGGUGGAGGCGCGGGCUGCCUGUCGAUGGAUAAGGGCGAGGUGUUCGGCAAUACUGAGUCUGCACGCAACAAACCCCUCGACCCGUACUAUGGCCAGGCUGGCGGGUGGCAGAGGCCAACUCGGGCCUUCCACCCCAGUAAUAACUAGACCGGCACUCCCGACUAAAUAACGAUCGCGAUGAUAAACUUACCCGCAGAGUGAGCGAAUCCGAGAGAGAAGGGCGUCCGACAGAUAGAUACAAAACAAACAAGAUGAUAGAAUAACGGGGCUUUUCCUUAAUUAUCUCAUUUUAUUCUUCUGUUUAUCCCUCCCAGCCAUUCGGUGCAUCCAUUACACAGCUAGGGGAUGCAGAUAUACCCAGCAGACUUGUUUUCCGGUCCGAUCGAGUUCCUCUAUCCGAGGUUUUUUCAAGACGAAAAAUACGCAGAAAAGGGGAUAGUUGCUUUAAUUUAUGUGCAGCUAAACCAAUGAUACAGGGCGCGGCAAAGACAGUUAUCAGUUGAAGUAUUCGAUGAUUCAUAGUUAAUUGGGCCAUAUCUCAACAAAGUAGGGUCUCUGCGAGUAAGAUCGAACGCUGAUAGGAAUUGGCAGUACUGCCUUUGACCCAAUAUGUCUUCUCUAUGUCAUUACAAUAUAUAGAUGAAGAAAUCGGUCGUUAAGGCACAAUGUCAACUUUCCUUCUAUUGAAAUGUAUACUAAGAUAGAAACGCGCAAGGUGAUAUAGUACUAUUAGUUCUGUUAUAAUUCCGCCAUGUAAUAAUAUACUACACCAUAGAUUAUUAGAGGUUGUUACAAAUAUACGCACCGUACCUGCCAUCAGUUGCAAAAGAGGUUCCGCAAAUAUCAGCCUCUUUUGAUCGGCGUAUCCAUCGUGCAGUGAGCAUGUAGGAGAAAUGCUACCGAGUACCGAAUUGAUAUUCAGAUGAAAUCAUAUUACCAUUAAUACGAGCUAUUUUUUUUUUUCAUUUGUGUUAAUAACGCAAUACACACAUACAAGUGUGUGAUGCAAGCGACAAAUGCGAGUGAUGAUGGAGUCUAUUUAUUGUAAAAUAUACAAAGCGAUCAAUACAUAUGAAAUUGACAAGAUGCAAUA